CACUGUCAUUAUUUUUGAAAGCGGAGGAGUGUGGAAAUUGAUGUACUGAAGCUAACAGAACCAUUGAUAUCAUAUCACUUGCUUAAGUGUGUGCCCUUUAUAGCUUGAAACUUGUGUUAGUCAUUGAGUCAUGCAACAAGCUAAUUUAUAACCCUUCUAGAGUUUUCAGCCUUUAUUUGUGAACUUGCAUAUUAAGUCAUCUAUGAAGUGCUUCUAGCUCGGAGUUAGAAGUUUAUGCUAAUAGUUGAUUCAACUUGCUUUCAGGAAAAACUUUAUCAAUGGAUUUGGAGGCUACAAGAAGGAGGAUCAAGAGUAACAACAAUGGAUAUCUUCAAUUACCUUCAUACUGAACUAGACUCCUGUGGUGAGGAGCCAUCAAUGUCACCUAGAGCACCAAGCCAACAGCAGAAACCCCAGCCUACAAUACCGUUCAUGAAUCCCAAUUUCAUGGUCUCUUCAGGCUCAUCUGACCAAACGUCUGUGCAGGGAACUUGCCUUGACCAUUGUGAUCAGCAGCCGAAAAAUUCUGUUUUCUCAAAUGCCUUAUCGAGCCCUGUUCGUCGGAGUCUUCAGCAUUAUCACAUUUCUCAGGAAGGUUACUAUCCUAAUGGUGGUCUGCCUGCAGGAAACGGAGUCAGAGAUAACGAAUUCUACUUUCUCCAGCACCAGACUCAGGAUCUCAACCCUCUUAGUUCCAACGGUACCUCAAUGGACAUGCAUGCAGAUAAUCCAUCGCAUGAAUCUCCUUACUGAGAAUGGCAAUUGUAGUUUCCAACAAUUAUAAAGAUCCUGAAAGGGCUGUUGUGAUUAGCAUCACCAUUUUUGUUUGUUGAUGCUACCAAAGUGAAGAAAGCUCCACAUUCAUACCAAAAAAAUGAAAAGAAAAAAC